AUGCACAGCAACGACCUGCUCAGCAUAUCCGUCCAAGACAACGGCCAGAUCAUUCUGUAUGAAGACGAAGGCGGCUUGCUACGAGGCAGCGUUGUUCUGGAGUGUCGCAAUACCCGCAUUAAAUCAGUUACCCUAAAGUUCCAAGGACGGGCACGAUGCCAUUGGGGUCAGGAUGGCAACCAUUACAAGGAAGAACGCACAGUGAUAGAACACUCGUGGAGCUUUCUGCCUCCAUCCAAAAGCACAAGAAUUUUCCAUGGCCGUCAGAAAUGGGACUUUUGCUUACAACUGCCUGCUCAUCUACCUGCCAGCCUCGAUCGCCAAGAAGAUCGCCAUGCCGACAUUACAUACCGACUCAAAGCGAUCGCCGAACGACCGACGUUCACACCCAACUUUGUGGUGAGACGACCGGUGCGUGUCGCUCGAUGCCUCCGCAAUUCACACAGCCUGCAGCAACGGGCAUUAUUUGGCGACCAGCAUCCUCUGCUGGAAUAUCAAGUCAGCCUACCUAGCAUUGUCUGCCGACCCGGUAGCACAAUCCCAAUAGACUUUUAUCUCAAGAACAUUAGUCCGAGAGUCGCACGCAUCCGGACAGUGGCGUGUUACUUGAAAUCAUACAUCACGCUUGUUUGUCGUGGUCAGUUUGUGCGCAAGUCAAGUCAUACGUUAAGUUACUUGCGCGACGAUCAUUUUAUACCAGCACCGUCGUCAUCUCCUUCAUCAACGUCGUCGUCGUCGUCGUGGAACAAGACGGAACAGCUUCGGAUACCGAGUCAGAUCCCUUCGGAUGUGGCUACCGACAUGAUCAAGAUUAAACACAGGCUAAAGGUUUUAAUUUCAGUUGCCAAGAAAGACGGUCAAGUUGAAGAGAUCAUCGCUACUAUACCCAUCACCGUGUGCCAGGUGGAUCAAGUCACAUGUUCGACGUAUGGCGACGAGGGUGAUGAUUUCGCAGAGCUAUUGCCAGCCUAUCAGACUGAAUGCAGGUCAACUGAUGUUAUUCUCGCUUAUUCACCCAUGGCCGACCAUGAUCCUGGACAACAACAGCAGCAGCAGCAGCUUUCAAUAGCAUCAUCAACCCAACGGAAUGGCAUGAUGGCACAGCUGUCGCGCUGUCCAUCUUACAAGAGCACUGCAAGCAGUCGCACACGGCUAUCUAGAAGCUCUUUGCCUGGCUAUGAUUCCAUCGUUUCGUUGUCUGCUCCUGUUACUUGA